AUGAGCAACGAACCAAGUAACACCACACCAGAGGAAGAAGCCAAUAACAAUGGUUCUUCACCAUCAUCUUCUUCCUCGGAGAGAGAUACUCUCACAUUUGUAAAUAAGGAAUAUAAUAGAUUACACAAAGAUUUAUUCGAGUUUGAUGAAAAGUUUUUAAAUCCGACCUUUGCCAAGGCUUGUAAAGAUGCCAAGGAAUUACAUUAUUAUUUUGAUUUAUUGGAGAAGGCUGAAAGUGAGGAAGCUUUUAAUACUAUUAAAAAGGAGUUUAAUCAGAAAAAGAGAGAAAUUCUCUUGACCAUUCUGACUGAAGAAGUUCCUCAGGUUUAUAGCUUGGAAAUUUUCACUCCAGAAUUUUCUCAGAAAAUGAUUGAAGAAAAGAAUAAUUAUGAAAAGAAUCAUCAUGUUAAAUUGAGACCAAAUUCAAUGAAUAACUAUGGUAUUGUCAUUGAUGAAAUUGGAUUGGGAAAAUUCUUUGAUGUAUUUAUUGUGGAAUAUUUGUGUCCAUUGGCCAAGAUUAUGAAUCCAGCUGGAUUUGAUUUGGAUGAUCAUCAUACCUUCUUUGUAGAAUACUUUAUUGGUGGUGAUAAGGAUUUAAAUGUUCACGUCGAUGAUGCCGAACUCACAUUAAAUGUUUGUUUGGGAAAACCAGGAUUUGAAGGUGGAAAUUUAUUCUUCAGAGGUCACAGAGAUAAUCCAAAGACUUAUAAUCAAUACUUUGAAUAUCAACAUGUUGUUGGGAGAGCUGUGAUGCAUGAUGGAGCAUUAAUGCAUGGUGCUUUACCUCUUACUAAGGGAGAACGAGUUAAUUUGAUCAUUUGGGCUAGAUCAACUGAAAUGAGAAGACAAAUUCAAGAAGCAAUUAAGGAAAUGCAAGAACAAGGUCAUCACCACUGUUGUCAACAUGAUCAUCACCAUGAACACGAACACCACGAACAUCAUCAUCAUCAUGAGCAUGGUGAGUGUUGUCAACAUGAGCAUCAUCAUGAACACUCUGAAAAUUGUCAACAACACGAACAUCAGCAUGAACAUUCUGAAGCUUGUCAACAUGAACACUCUGAAAACUGUACACACGACCAUCAUGAACAUUCUUGUUGUAAUCAUGAACAUCAUUAGUAAAUUAUUCCAAAAAACAGUCGAAAAAAACUUCAAACUCUACCUUCAU